CUGCUUCUAUGUUUGUCUAGCUGGAGAUUAUCCCUUAAUCAUGCAGGGUCCAGGUGUGCAUUUUCAGAUUUGUUGACUCAGGAGAGCUUGGAGAUAGCAUUAAAGGCCAACGACAUUAUACUGUAGGUACACUUAGGUGGUUGUUCCUCUGAGCAAGAACUCUUGCUUGAUCUACCCAGUGAAGAGAAUGGCAAGAAGAAAUGUCCUCAUUACAGGUUGCUCCUCAGGAAUUGGACUGGCCUUAGCGCUAAAGAUGGCAAAAGAUGAACAGAAAAGAUUUAAAGUGUAUGCCACAAUGCGGAAUCUGGCCAAGAAGGAGCCACUUGAGGAAGCUGCAGGUGGCAGGCUGGGCAAAACCCUUGAAAUUAAACAACUGGAUGUUUGUGAUGAACAGUCUAUUAAAACUUGUGUGAAUAGCAUCCCUGAUAGAAGGAUUGAUGUCCUAGUUAGCAAUGCUGGAAUGGGGCUCAUUGGACCUAUUGAAUGUCAGACCAUAGAUGAAAUGAAAACUGUGAUGGAUACCAACUUCUUUGGACUGGUUCGACUCCUGAAGGAGAUUUUGCCUGAUAUGAAGAGGAGAAAGAGCGGGCAUAUAGUUAUAAUAAGCAGUGUUAUGGGAAUACAAGGUAUCUUAUUUAAUGAUGUAUAUGCUGCAUCUAAGUUUGCUGUGGAAGGAUUCUGUGAAAGUUUAGCUAUACAAGCACUCAAGUUCAAACUGCAGUUAAGUCUGAUUGAACCAGGCCCAGUGGUGACAGAGUUUGAAAGAAAAGUGUUUGAAGAUGGAAUGAAAAUGGAUCUUUCAGCUGCAGAUGAGGAAACAGCUGAGAUGUUUACUAAUAUUUACCUUAAAAAUUACAAACAAAUUUUCCAGAGCCUGGGACAAAGCGCUGAAGAUGUUGCAGAGCAUACAGUAAAGAUAAUUCUUUCAGAAAAUCCACCUUUUCGCCAUCAGACCAACACCUUGUAUACUCCGAUGACAACCCUAAAAUACGCAGAUCCAAAUGGAGAUCUACCCAUUGAUACAUUCUACAAAAUGGUUUUUCAUCAUGACAAAAUCUUCAGUGCAAGUCUUAACUUUAUCAAAUUGCUAAGAUGGAGAAGUAGGAAGAGCUUUGACCUGGGAAAACCCUCCCAAUAAGCAUGAGAUUAUAUAGUGCAAAUUGGAAUGACUUGUUGCUACCGGUAACGCAGUGUGGUUUUUAUUGCUUUUGCUCUGUAGUUGUGAAAAGGCAUUCAGGAUUUCUAUUUGAUCUUAGCUAAGAUACUCAGCUCAAUGUGUUUAUCUUGAACUUCACAAUCUUCAGAACCUUGAAAUUAAAAUCCUUUAACUAUAGGUUUAUUCUGCUUAGUGUUUGCUUUUUAGAGA